AUGGAGUGCAUGCGUGAUCAGCUUCAGGCAGGUGUUGUACUCAAUGGCCGAUACGAAACUGUCUCUGCCCUCAACCAUGGCUCCUUCGGCAUGGUCUUCCAAGCCAAGGACCUUACCACUGACGAACUCGUUGCCAUCAAGGUUGUGACUAAGCCCUCUGCCGCCGUCAACUGCCCGACUGCUUUUGCCGUUGACGAACGCUCCGAGGAACUGGGUGUUCACCUUCGCCUUGGUAACCACCCUAACGUUGUCAACCUCAUCCAGUCCUGGGAAACCGACAGCCACAUCUACCUCGUGCUGGAGUACUGCUCCAAUGGCGACCUUUAUGAGGCCAUCCGCUUCGACAAAGGCCCCCUGGAAACCGAGCACGUCCGCGACUUCAUGAUGCAGCUGGUUAAUGCCGUUGAGUUCAUCCAUUCAAAGGGCAUUUACCACCGCGACAUCAAGCCUGAGAACAUCUUCCUCACCCAAGAUGGCUCGAUGAAGCUUGGCGACUUUGGUCUUGCUACCUCUGACGCCUGGUCCUGGGAGAUCGCCGUUGGCAGCGACCGCUACAUGGCUCCUGAGCAAUACGACCCUACCAACGCCGGCUACUCCACCGCCAAGGCCGACAUUUGGGCUAUCGGCAUUUGCAUGCUCAAUGUGCUCUUCCAGCGCAACCCCUUCGCCGUCCCAGCGUCUUCGGAUCCUCUCUACGCCGACUUCGCUCUCGACCGCCAGAGCCUCUUCGAUGUCUUCCCCAACAUGUCUCAGGAUGCCUUCGAGGUUAUCAGGCACUGCUUGGCGGUCGACCCCGAGAAGCGCAGCCUCAGUGCCGUGAAAGACGCCCUCAAUCGCGCCAUCACCUUCACCACUGACGACGAGGCCCUUGACGAGUUCUGCACUGAGGAGCGCGAGCCCUUUGCUGUUGGCGCCAACCGCGAACCACUUCGCACUCCUUCCAUCAGCACUCCUUCUAUCGAUAAGGGCGGUUCGUUCCCAUGGGCCAAGGCACUCGCCAUGUCGCCGCCGCAGCAGUUCCGUCAGCUCUCGGUCAUUCCAGACACUGAGAUCUACUCUGACGACCUGUUCCCGGCUCACGAUUACGCUGUGAAGCCCGAGCACGCGUCCGCCGUAUCUUUUGUGGACUCUGGUUUGGGCUUAUCUUUCCAAUCGACUGACGUCAGUGAACGGUCUGAACGCGAGCCAAUCAGCUUCGCGCGCUCCAAGCCUAUGCCUAUCUCUGGCUCCCUUCCAGCCAAGCCUUUCAACAGCAUGUCGUCCGUCUUCGGUAAGAAGCGCGAUGUCUUCUCCAAGAGCUGGAGUGACUUGUGGGAGGAAGAGGACGACGACGCGCAGUUCAUGGCUGAGCUGGAGAACAACUUCCACAGCUUCAAGGCUGAGAAGCCAGCGAAGCAGGUUGUUUCCGAGGCUGGCUCUGGUGUCUCCACUCCCCGCGGCGGCUUGUCGGAGGUGAAGAACCCUGCCACUAUUCACAACAGCAGGGGUCGUUCACCGAUGAAGCGCCGCGAGGUUGACCACGUCAGCGAGACCACUGGCUUCAUAUUCGAAGAGCACCAGACACCUGCGCGUCAUUCUCCUACCAAGAAGACCUCGGGCAUGGACAAGUGGGCUGCUCUUGGUGAUCGUCGCCGUGGUCAGCCUUCGCCAACCAAAGAGUCCGCCCCUCCGACUCCCUCCAAACCCAUUAAGUCACCCAAGCAAGCUCUGCCUAGCCCGAACUCUGCCCGGAAGCGGAGCCGGACUGGCACUUGGAGACGACCUAUCAACUGGGGUCCAAGCCAACACGAGAACAUUCCCAAAGUUCCUGUUGUGGACAACAAGUACAAGAGCGUGGAAUGGCGCCAUUACAACAGUCCACCUCUUAUCCUGGACGACGACAUUGGCGACCUUGAGUGGGUGUGGUAG